CUUUAUUGGUUGAGUAUAGUAAAUAUUCAAAAUAAAGGCUUACCCUUAUCAACACAUUUCAAAAACAGUAAAUAUGAUUCGUAUUUUUUAUGAAAGUUUAAUACUAUUAAUAUGUAGUUAUCUGUUAUACUGCAAAGGAAUAAAAAUUCCAGAAAAAAGUCUGCACGUGUCAAAUGGUGAUAUAAAAAUUAUUUCCCUGAGUAAUUAUAGUACAUCAAUAUUAGAGGAACAAGCAUUUAUGCAUCUAAUAAACAUAAAUAAUCACACUAAUUUUAUAAUCCAUAUUAGUGAUAUACCUGAGAAAGUAUCUUUUAUUAUUAUACAAGUUCAUACUUAUGUAUAUAGUGUAUUAUUAUCCUAUGAUAGAAAUAUAAUAGAUGAAGUACCUAGAAAGUAUGUAAAUGGUACAAAUAUUGGGCUUUUCAUUAAAACUAAUAAGAAUAACACUGAAGUUUAUGUCACCAAUAAAAAUUCAUUUAUAGUACAUGGUUUGAUAGCUGUAGUAGCUUAUACAAAGAAUGCACCUUAUCCGGGUGGUUGUAACAUGGAGUUUAAUAUCGAAAAGUCACCAUUUCAAAAACUGGUAUAUAAUAAAGAUAUCAUAAUUGUCGACGCUCAACCAGCCUCUAUACCGAUCAUUGGAAAUAUUCAACCGCUUUGCGAAAACCAUCCUGUACAACAUGAUACUUAUCGCAUGUAUAUAUCAGAACAUGAUUUCAGUAAGGAAUCAUACUUCUUAUCUAUUAGUCAAAUGCUCACUGUCCAAAGCAUUAAAAAAAAUGCAAAUUUUAUACCAAUGUCCUUGUUCGGGUCUAAAAUGAGACGCAUGUAUAGCUUAUAUCCUGGAACGGGGUCUGUUUACGGCAUCGUAUCGCACAUAGCUAAUUAUUCUUCUGCUUAUGUACCCAUUUUCACGUAUGGAUAUGCUGCUUCACCAUUAUCCAUGACUGAUAAAGUAUUUUCAAUACUAAGUUUUAUCUUAGGGGUUUUCUUAGCAACUUGUGGAAGCUAUUAUAAUGAUAUAUCAAUGUUUUUCGUGACAAUGAUGUUUGGAGCUUAUUUUGGUUAUAUAUUUAUUAUUAUAUUAUCUUCUUAUACCGGAAUUGUUGUUACAGAUAUUCUGCUAUUGGCUAUUUUUCUCGGGAUAUUAGCAAGCUUACUAUGGUUUUUCUUAAGACUUAAAAGUACGAUUCCAUCUAUGGUUGUCUUAGUGAUAACUCUUGGAACAUUUUUAUUUAAUAUCUUCUAUUUCACUAUACCAGGUAUAAUAGCUAACUCUGAUGGAAAUAUCACACAUAACUUGUUCAAUAAAAAUAUGUUUUUAUUUUGA